UAUAACAGUAGAAAUUCCUUGCAAAAUAUGGCCUUACGAGAUCACCAAAGGGCAUUUUAUCUUUCAAAACAAUCCAUCUUUGUUUAUCUAUCUUCCAGCUGGUGAGUGAGGAUCAAAAUCAAUCAACACUGUUAGAUUCAGGGCCCUUGUCCCCUUUUCUUUUUGUCAAAAAUCGAUCGUGUAUACACACCUUGCAAUCGCAAUUUGAAUUCAGGAAUAUUAUUGUUAGGAAAUGGGUGCAUCCUCAUCAACCGAACAAAUUUCGCCUGAGCAACGUGAAGCUGAAUCAUUGGCUGCCUCCACAGGUGCUCUUUCUGCUCUUGAGAAAGCCUUUUCAACCCUCUCAGAUCCUGAAACCAAAACCAUCCCAAUUACUUCUUUAAAGGAAUGCUUUAAACUCUCCAUUGACUACCCAAAUUGUGAAGCAUCCUUCAAACCCGAAAGCUUUCCUGCAUUACUAAAUCAUCUCGGUCCUUCAAUACUUGAUCACUUCUUCAUAUCAGAUAAAGACGGUCUAAACUGGAUUACAUUCUUGAACAGCUACACCAACUGUUGUGGGCGAAUGCCCACAUCGAAUUCAUUAAACAACUUAUUAAAAGUAUUUGGAUCAGCAGUUGUGAAAUCAGGAGCCACAACCGGGAUGCAAAUCGAGUCUACAGAUGCGGAUUACAAGAUAAAUGGGUACCUACUCCCAGCUGAUUUGUUGAUGCUUCUUUGGAUGUGUUGGGUUAUGUCUUGGAGUUCUAGAAACCGACAGAUGGUGAAAGAAAAUGCGAUGUUUGGUCUUCCGGAUGUGAAUAAUUUGGUGUUGUCUGCUGUUUCGUCGUGUGUUGAAGGUGGUGCUGAGUUGAAUGUAUGGGAUGACGGUAUUUUGGGGUCUGAUAGACAAAUUCCGAUAGGGAAGCUUCAUGCGUGGGUAUUGAAAACGGCGCCGAACCUUCCGGAAUGUUUGGUGCAGUUCGUUCAUUCGAGAAUUUCCAAUUCUGCAUCUCAACAGGAUGUAUUGGAGCCAUCAUCCUCGUCUAGCGGUGACAGUCAUUCAAUAGCACCAUCGAAUAAUUAUCUUCUGACACCUGGCAGGGCAUGGUCUAUUUCCCUUACCCUCAGAAGUACUAUGCGUGACGAAAUGUUGAAAACAUGCUUUGCACCUGAUGCUGCUGAAGUUAAAGAAAACCUUCUAUACCGGUCUUCUCUUCAUGGCAAAGGUUUAAGCAGAUUUUGGUCAAAUGUUGAAGGGUAUAAUGGUCCAAUUCUUGUGCUUAUUUCUGCUACUUCAGAAGACCAUAGCUGGUCAAUUGGUGCACUUACUCACCAGGCUUUUGUGAACAAGGAUACAUUUUACGGAACGUCUGGAAGUCUAUAUGCUAUAAGUCCUGUUUUUAAUCAUCUUACAUCUUCCGGUAAAGAGAAGAACUUUGUAUACAGUCACUUGCAUGUAACUGGUUAUGAGGCAAAACCGAAGCCUGUAGGAAUUGCGUUUGGUGGGUCCAUUGGAAAUGAGAGGAUUUUCAUGGAUGAAGACUUCUCUAAGCUUACUGUGUGUCAUCAUGCGUAUGAUAAAACUUACCAAUCAGGUGCCCUUUUCCCAAAUCAGGGAUACUUGCCGACAGAAGCUCAUAUCUUGGAGGUUGAAGUUUGGGGAUUGGGAGGGGAAAAAGUAAAGGAAGCUCAAAAUAUCUUCCUGAAAAGAGAACUACUUUUCACCGAACAAAGGCGAAAGGUUGACUUAAAAACUUUCUCAAAUUGGGAAGACUCGCCCGAGAAGAUGAUGAUGGAUAUGGUCUCAAAUCCCAAUGCGGUACGGCGUGAAGAAAGAUGAUCAAACAUGCUUCGAAUGAAGGUAUGUGUUACAAUUGAAUAAAGGCUUUUGGGUAUGACGGUUAUCGGCUUUUAUGUUGCUUGAACCCGGUUGAGGUCAACGGAUAACAGGAUCAAUAGCAGUCUUUGGAUCCGCUAUAGGUUGAUUAAAGGGUAUAUUCAUAUGUUUGUUUACUUUGUAUGAUGAUUCAUGCAACUGAUGUAUAGAUGUUAUUUGUAUUGCUAUAAAAGUGUAAAACGCUUCACUCAGAAAACAUGUUUCACCUAA